UCCCGCGCAGCAGAACCAGCUUGGCGGCAACUCUUGCGCAUCCAUCGCAUAAACUACCACCGCCCACAUGAGCGAGGACUUUCGGCAAUCGCACCACUCCAAUGAUCCUUCUCGCAGCGACAGCCGCCCCCACCGACCAUCAUCAACCGCAUUGUCUCCGGGAUCGAGUCCGCUGCAGUUGGUCAUCCACCGCCUGCAAGGGGAAUGCGAGCAACUUCGAGCUGAAAAGCGUGACUUGGAGCGAAAAGUACAACAAGAGGCGGUCAAAAGCUCGCGCUUCGUUGCAGAAACGAAUGAUGCUCAGCGACACCUCAUGGUGGAGAACCAGCGCUUGCAGAGCGAGGUGAGUCACCUCAAGGAAAAGUUGCGGGAUUACGCUUCGGCACUGGAGUUGGCAAACGACCGCCUCAAGCAAGUUGAUGCGAGCGAACGCCAAGCGUCACUCAGAUGUGAAGUGUUGGAUGACACAGUUCGGGAACUAGAAGCAAUGACGGUGCGGCAGCGACAAUCCAUGGAAAACCAGGCGCACGACGUGGAUCGCUUGAACGAACUCGUCGCACACUUGGGCAACGAACGAGAUCAACUCAUCGAACACACAGAAGCUGAUGCAAAGCGAGUGCGGGCAUUGUGGGAAGAGACGAUGCUACAGCAUAAAGCAGAAGUGGCGUCGUUGGAGCGGACCGUGGAACGCGCGCGGAAGGACUCCCGCAUGUUCCAAGCCCACUUGACCAAGUGCGAGGCGGAGUCCCAAGAGUUACGAUCCAAGCUAAGCCAAGCGUCUCUCGUUGCAUCGCAGGACGCGCAAAGGAUACAGCAACUGGAGCAUGAUGUGACGGCUAUGCGGCAAGACCUUGGCAAAUCCCAUGAUCGAACAGUGCAGCUCAGCGAUAGCUUAAAGACGGUGGCCCUUCAAGUGGAAGAACUAGCUUCGAAGCUUCGAUGGACAGAAGAGCAACUGCAAGACACCACGAAGAUGCUCGAAGCGUCUCAACGGGCGGCGCAAAUUGACGCCGACGAACUCCAGAGCACGUUGGAGCAGCUGGAAAUUCUCAAAACGGAGUUUUCGGCGUCGAUGGAGACGUACGAAUCUACCAUUCACGAACUGAAGCACAACGCCACCGUCAAGUCGACGAAGGAGGAGCAACUCCGUGUGGAACUCGCCAGCGAAAAGAAGUACGCAGCGUCGUUGACGGCGAUGCUGAAGACUUACAUGGUCGAUUCCCACCGUGUUUUGUCGGAAGUGGAUCAUAAACUGUCCGACUUGAACGAGCAUUGCCAUCGAGAAGACGACCCGACCAGUGACGACGACAUAGGAAGCCGAGGACCAUCGUUGCAGCCGAUUCGGCUACCGAGGCGGCCAACGCAGGCCAACUCGCUCAGUAUAUUUGCCCACUAGGGUGCGCAUGUCGAGCCGCCAAGCGGAAGUCCCAUGGACUGUUCAACUUCCUCGCCAACGCCGCCAUCUUUUGUGGAUGCGAUUCCGGCUCUUGAUCGGGUGAAUGCAUUGACCUCUGUAAAAUAAUAUUUUGAACGACCAUUGAAUGUCAG